AUGGAACGAUUGAAAGAAGCUAUUGCUGAAGAAUCGAUAAAAUAUUCUUCAAGAUCACCAAUAUCAUGUCGUUGGAGACUAGAUUUUACUCAACAUUUCACUUCAGGACGUACCCCUCGGACAGUCUUUCGUCUUGCGAUAGAUAUUAUUUGUGAUGGUGCUCCUGAAAAUGAAAGUGUAAUGAAUUCUUCGAAUGAAGGUAUUUCGGCGUCAGCAGCACUUUCCACAAAACAAAACAAUAGUGCACCUCCACCAUAUUCUGCUCAAUCUGCAGGAUUUUGUUCUAAAUGUAGCACGAUACGACAAGAUGUUACAGCUAACUUUUGUUCAUCUUGUGGACAUUCGUUUGAUAAAUAUUGA